AGGGCAACGCCAAUAAAUAAAUAGAAGAAGAGUUUUUGUAAUAAAAUUUAACUUUGUUUUCGUUACUAAAAUAGAGUUACAUUUAUAGAUCAAAUCAAUUUAAAAUGAACCAUAAUCAAAUGAACAUGCAUGUACCAAUGAAUCCAGUCGGUGCAGCUCCUAACGUAAACAUGCAAAUGCAAGUACCAGGCCCCAUUAUGCAGCAGCAAUCUCCACAACAAAUUCAACAAGCGAUGCCUCAACAGGCACAGCAGGAUAAAAUGGACAACAUAUCUAAAGUAAAAACCUUGAUGGGGUCGCUAAGAGAAUCAAUCCCAAUGACAUUAAAAUCAGCUGCUCAAAUAUUACAUCAGAAUCAUAAUAUAGAUUCCAAUUCACAGAAAGGCAUGGAGAAUGCUGUUCCACGAUUUGAUAAGAAUUUAGAAGAAUUCUUUUCUCUUUGUGACCAAAUGGAAUUACACUUGCGGACCGCCAUUACGUGUAUCCAGCAGGCCCAAUCAGCGGCACAUUACCUCCCUCUCACAGUGAUACCUUCGCGGUUGGAUUCCGGGCCUACUACACAGGAAACUACAUUAAGCUACCCUCAGUAUUUGAACACAGUGCGACUUCAGAUCUCAUAUGCAAAGGAUAUUCACGAUACGUUAGUCGCAGCCGCUCAAAAUAUAUCACCUACGGAGUGAACAUGAUUAAGAUAAUGAUAAUCCUUUAGAUGCACAAACGUCCAUUAAGUUUCAAUGAU